CUCUGUCGGGGAUGCUGGCAGCAGGUCUGUCUGGGACCCGGUCUAGGAUCCGGUCUGUGUGUCUAGAAGACUGAGUCUACAGGUCUUGGACCCUGUCUGUGAUCACGUGUCUGGGAGCGGGUCUGGGAUGUGGUUCUAAGUGGGACUCCGGACCACCUGUCCCGUCUCUCCGCGCUGAGGACAAACUGACCCACAGAGGAGACCAGGGACGCGCGUAAAUUCCCUCCGUGCGUCUGCGCCGCGCCAUGCCGGUCCUCCUCCUCUGAGGACCAUGAAGACGACGCGCAAGUGUCGCGCUCUGCUGUCCGUGGGGCUGAACCUGGUGGCGCUGUUCUUCUCCACCACCGCCUUCAUCACCACGUACUGGUGCGAGGGCACCCAGCGCGUGCCCAAGCCCAACUGCAGCAAGCAGCGGCGCCACAACUGCAUCGACUACGGCGUGAACGAGACGGACCAGAACAAGGUGCACUACAGCUGGGAGACCGGCGACGACCGCUUCCUCUUCCGCCGCUUCCACACCGGCAUCUGGUACUCCUGCGAGGAGAACAUCCACGAGCCAGGUGAGAAGUGUCGGAGCUUCAUUGAUCUCGCCCCGGCGUCAGAGAGAGGUGUGCUGUGGCUGUCCGUGGUGUCCGAGGUGCUCUACAUCCUGCUGCUGGUGGUGGGCUUCAGCCUCAUGUGUCUCGAGCUCUUCCACUCCAGCAACGUCAUCGACGGACUCAAACUCAACGCCUUCGCCGCCGUCUUCACCGUGCUCUCCGGUCUUCUGGGUAUGGUGGCCCACAUGAUGUACACUCAGGUGUUCCAGAUCACCGUCAGUUUGGGUCCUGAAGACUGGAGGCCUCACAGCUGGGACUACGGCUGGUCCUUCUGCAUGGCCUGGGCCUCCUUCACCUGCUGCAUGGCGGCCUCCGUCACCACCCUCAACUCCUACACCAAGACGGUCAUCGAGUUCCGGCACAAGCGCAAGCUGUUCGAGCAGGGCCUGCGCGAGGAGCAGAACUACCUGGACCAGGAGGCCUUCCACUACUUCCAGGACCGCUCCCUGCAGUCCAUCUCCAGCACCGUGGAGGUGUACCCGGGCCACGGCGGAGCCAGAGCCGGGCUGCUGGUCCCGGGCCCGGUUCCCGGUCCGGGUCCCGGCGCCGGCCGGGGGAAGGUGAGGGGCACCUCGGCCUCCGUGGACCCGGGGGAGAACACAGACUCGCUGGGGGAGGAGCAGUGCUGAGGGUCCUUCUUCUCCUCCCCUUCACCAAAGCACAGCAGCACCCUGAAGGAGGAGGAGG